CUUCAUUUUGAACAUUAGUAUGCUACCAUAAUUCCUACUACUAUAUAUAUACUCCCAUAUUCUACUCUUAAACAUAUUCUCACAUUUCAAAUCUACUUCAUAUCUAAUUAACAUCGUUUCAUUGCUUCAUUCUUUUGUUCAUAUUGUUCCAUUUCUACAGUUCCUUUUUGACAUUGAACUGAAAAAGAACAAAAACAAAAACAAUGGAACACUCGUUAAGGAAGCAAGAGCAGAUUCUGUCCAAGAUUGCAAACAACGACGGGCAUGGCGAAAACUCUGCAUUUUUCGACGGCUGGAAGGCGUACGACACCGAUCCUUAUCAUCCCACCCAGAAUCCUAAUGGAGUUAUUCAGAUGGGCUUAGCAGAAAACCAACUAUCCUUCGAUUUAGUAGAGGAGUGGGUGCGGAACAAUCCCAAGGCCUCCAUUUGCACGGCAGAAGGGGCGAGCGAGUUCAAAGACAUAGCGAUUUAUCAAGAUUAUCAUGGCUUGCCAGCAUUCAGAAAUGCUGUUGCAAGAUUCAUGGAGAAAGUGAGGGGAAACAGAGUCCGGUUCGACCCGGACCGCAUAGUGAUGAGCGGCGGCGCCACCGGAGCUCAAGAAACGCUGGCCUUCUGCUUGGCCGAUCCCGGCGACGCACUCUUGGUGCCCACUCCAUAUUAUCCAGCAAACGACCGCGAUUUAACGUGGCGCACGGGCGUGAAGCUCGUCCCCGUCGUCUGCGACAGCUCGAACGACUUCAAGAUGACCCUCUCCGGCCUCGAAGCAGCCUACAAAACGGCUCAAGACUCAAACGUGAAAGUGAAAGGGCUGCUUCUCAACAACCCCUCAAACCCACUAGGCACCGUGCUCGACCGAGAAGCUCUAACAAUGGCGCUGCGCUUCACCAACGACCGGAACAUCCACUUGAUCUGCGACGAGAUCUACUCCGCCACCGUCUUCGACGAGCCCGGCUUCAUCAGCAUCGCCGAGAUCGCGCAGGAAAACCCAAACUGCAACACCGACCUCAUCCACAUCGUCUACAGCCUCUCCAAGGACCUCGGCUUCCCCGGCUUCCGCGUCGGCAUCCUCUACUCCUACAACGACGCCGUGGUCGCCUGCGCGCGGAAGAUGUCGAGCUUCGGCCUCGUCUCCACGCAGACGCAGCACAUGCUGGCGUCGAUGCUGUCGGACGAGGCCUUCGUGGAGCGGUUCCUCGCCGAGAGCGCAGCACGCCUGGGCGCGCGGCGAGGCGUGCUGUGCCGGGGGCUGGCCCAGAUGGGACUGGGCAGCCUCAGGGGCAGCGCGGGGCUCUACUGCUGGAUGGACCUGCGGCGGCUGCUGAAGGCGGCGACGUUCGAGGCCGAGAUGGAGCUGUGGCGCGUGGUCAUCCAUGACGUCCGGAUCAACGUCUCCCCCGGCGCGUCGUUCCACUGCUCCGAGCCCGGGUGGUUCCGCGUCUGCUUCGCCAACAUGGACGACGACACCAUGCGCGUCGCGCUGAACAGGAUCGCCAAGUUGGUGAUACAGAGUAGUAGCAACUCGGAGGCGGCGGCGGCUAGGAAGCCAUGCAGGAGGAGGAGCAAGCUCGAGGUGAGCUUGUCGUUCCGGCGGCUGGACGAGAUCAUGAUGUCGUCGCCUCACUCUCCAAUGACGUCGCCCCUCGUGAGGGCGAGGACGUAGGCGGAUUUUGUGGAACACUGAACCAUUGUCGCGAGUUGCAUGCAUGUUUAAUUGUAGUGGUGAAAUGAAUAAGAUCGAGGAAGAUGAUAAUAUUCUUCCUUAGAUGUGCCAGUUUUUUAACUUUUCUUUUUUACUUUGAAUGUUUGGCUUUGGGGAGGAUUAUGAUUUUUUGUCCAUUUGAGACAUGAUAUAUGUCUGAUAUGGAGUUUGUUUAGGUAGCUAGGAUAUUGAUUUCCUGGAGCAUUACUGUCUGUUUUAAUUUGUAUUGUUUGUACUGUUUCGAUAGUAUUUGUUUGUUGUUGAUCGAGAAACGAUAGCAAUUGGUGUAACUAUAGCAUAAGCAAAUUAAUAUGAAGUUUAUUUUGUUAUUGCA